GGUUUCUCGACCUCAGCGGCACUCUCGCGAGAACUGGAUCUCGACUCGGAUCGGGAUCUCGACCUUUUCCCACUCGGUUUGACUGUAGCCUUCGUAGCCUCUGUAAUCUCGUCGCCAACCUUUAUGAAGUCGUCGCUAUCACUGGAACUACCCCUUGGUUUCGAUGGCUUGGAUUUUUUAGCUGGUUCCACGGUCAGUGUCUUCACCGGAUCUUCGGACAUAGAGCUGAGUACGGCGCUGGCUUUGGAGCUCGAGGUGGAACUGGAACUGGGGCUUGACCCUGACCUGGCUCUCUUACUGGCCUUUUUCUUAACCUCAGCCUCAAUUUUCGUUGUCGGUAAAAACGACAUUUCCCUCGGCUUCCGACUCUUACUCUCACCCUCACCCUUACCCUUACUUUUACUCGAACGGAAACCAGGACCACGUGUCCACUUAGACAUAUCUGUUGUUCUGGAUGUAUGGCUGAAAGUUGUUGUGUCGAUGAGUCGGGACCAGGGAUUGUGUCCAUUCAUACAAACCAAUGGCAAUUAUAACGGUCUUCAAAUGUACCGGCGCUGGGAGUUUACCGCUCCGGGAUCUGACGAACUGAAAGGAUUUAUCGGUAUUAUGUAUACCAAACAAAUUUACUGGCACUUCAAGCUUGAGAAACAGACCGGUGGAUCAUUUGUGGUGAAAGUGGAUCCACUGGAUGUCCAUCAAAUGAAUGCCAAUUUGAUCAACAGAUUUUCAAUUUAUGGCAAAUACGAUGGAAAACUGAAAUUUACCGCCAGUUUUGAUAUGGAAUACGUGGACACACAAAACGGUACACAUCUGCAUAUUACUAACGACGCCUCCCUGGAGCUAAGGGUUUAUUACCCGGACUUUCAAUACAACGCAACUGAUAUCAUAUUCUGUCCCUCAGGCCUUCACCCGAAUAAUUAUGUUAUGGUUUUAGACAAACAUACCGGCGCUGUGCAGACAUAUAAAGUUGAUAUCCCAUCGAUGACUUAUUUAGUGUUCAGUCGUGUCAAUGACAGCGAGUGUAAGAAUUCUAACAUAAGUUGUAAUAAACCGCAAUUCUUGGACACAAUUCCCGAUUCUUUACGCAAACAAUUGGAGGCAAUCGUGGAUUAUAGUGAACCUGGAGUUUCCGGACACUUGUUGUGGUUUAACAUCAACGGGCGUCCUAUAGGCAACUCUCACUCCGUUUGCAAACGAAUGCUUCACUUCUGGUCAGACAAUUGAUUAUACAAAACGUCAGACAUCUGGUGAUACAAACGACCCGAC